AUGGCCGACUUUGUGCUGAACGUGGAGGUGUUUGAGAAGCGGAUGGGCCGCGUGCUCGAGUCCUGGAGCAAGGACAACACCAAUGAGGGUCUGUGGAAUGGCGCAGACGUUCUCGUGCUCGCUGCAGGCAAGUCCACUGCGGCGUCGGCUGCCUCCAAGCCGGUCACCAUGCAGACCUGGCUGUUUGACGUCGAGCUCCCGGACUGCGUCAUCCUUGCCACCUCGGCCAAGGAGCUCACUGUUUGCUCCUCACAGAAAAAGGUGGACAUUCUCCGCCAGCUUGCCCGCGACGGCUCGCCGUUCACCUUUGACUUUCUUGUCCGCAACAAGGCCGACGGCAACGCCGCCAACUGGUCCGCCAUGCUGGCCAAGAUUGCCAACUCACGCCAGGGCUCGCGACUCGGCAUCUGCGGUGGCGAGAAGGCCGAGACCUUACUGACGGGCAAGUUUGCCAAGUCUUUCUUUGCUGCUAUCCGCGGCGCCGGCGUCCCGCUCGUCGCCAUCGACACUGCUCUCUCGGCCGAACUCGUCACCAAGGACGAGGUCGAGACUGCCAACAUCCGCAAGGCCGCCGAGCUCGCAGCCGCCGUUGUCAACUCGGUCACCGUCAAGCGCAUCGAGGUCGUUCUUGACAAAGGCACCGCAGUCACCCACGCUCAGCUCUCGACCGAGGCUGCCAACGCCUUUACCUCGCCGUCGGCCGCCGGCCUCACCGGCUUUGACGACGAGCUCGCCGACAUGAGCUACACCCCGAUGAUCCAGUCGGGCGCCGACGUCCGGGCCGGUGCCCUGGUGGCGCCCUCGGGCGCGCCGCUUGCCAAGCGCGGCGUCUUUCUUGUCUCGAUGGGCGGCCGCUACAACCUGUACAACGCCAACGUUGCCCGCUCUGUCCUGGUCAACGCCACCGACAAGGUCGACGCCUCGUUUGCUAUCCUCCGCGCCGCUCACCAGUUCUGCAUCUCCGCCGCCACGCCCGGCAAGACUUUUGCUGCUCUCUACGAGGAGACGCUCGCCUUUGUCGAGGCCAAGGAGGAGGGGCUCGGCCGCAAGCUUGCUGCCAACUUUGGCUCGUCCAUUGGCAUCGAGCUUGUCGAGCCCGACUAUGUCCUUGGCCCGUCGUGCACCGCCCGCAUCCGCGCAGGCAUGGUCCUCAACAUCUCGCUUGCCUUUCGCAAGCUCUCGGACAAAAAGUCCAAGCGAGCCGAGAUGCGCAAGUUCGAGCUCGCCCUCGCGGACACAGUCCUCGUCGCUCCCGACGGCCCGGUCAACCUCACCGCCGCCGUCCCCUACGAGAUUGUCUACGUUCUGGACGACACCGCCGAGACCGAGGCCGCCCGCGCCGCCCGGCUCGCCGAGGCCAAGGCCGCUCUCGACGCCCAGGCCGUCCUCGACGAGCGCCUCCGCAAGCGCGGCUCGGCCCAGACCGAGACCAGCGCCGCCGAUGAGCAGCGCAUUCGUGACCAUCAGUCAGAGCUUGCCCAGAAAACGCUGGAGGAGGCCAUCGCCCGCCACUCGGGCGAGGCCGCCGCCCGCGCCUCGAGCACUUCUUCGGCCAUCGCCAAGAUCAACUCAUACCCGACGCCUGCUGCCUUUCCGCGCGCCGCGCGCCCGGACGCCAUCUUUGUCGACAUCUCGGCUGAGACCGUCUUUCUGCCCAUCUACGGCCACGCCGUCCCUUUCCAUGUCUCCACCAUCAAGUCAGCGUCCAAGUCGGACGAGGGCGAGUACGUGUACGUCCGUUUCAACUUUGUCACACCCACCGCGUCGGGCAAGAAGCGUGCGUUCGAGGACCCCCACUCGAUGUUUGUCCGCGAAGUCUCGUUCCGAGUCCCCAUGACCCACGCCCGCAACCUCAACACCUCGCUGCGCCACGUCCAGGAGCUCCGCAAGCGCAUCGCCGCCCGUGAGAAGGAUCGCCGCGAGCGCGCCGACCUUGUCGACCAGGAGCGGCUCCGUCUGCUCAAGGGCCCCAUCCCGCGCCUCAGCUCGGUCGAGAUCCGCCCGCGCCUCGCAGGCCGCAAGGAGAUCGGCGUUCUCGAGGCCCACGCCAACGGUCUCCGUUUCACCUCGCGCACCGGCGCCCGUGUCGACAUCAUCUACGCCAACAUCCGCCACGCCUUUUUCCAGCCUUCAAAGUCGGAGCUCAUUGUCCUCAUCCACUUCCACCUUCACAACCCCAUCAUGGUUGGCAAAAAGAAGACCAAGGACGUCCAGUUCCUGCAGAUGGCGUACAACGUCGAGCGCAACCUCUCCGGCCGCAACGCUCGCUCCGCCUUUGACAUCGACGAGCUCGAGGACGAGCAGCGCGAGCGUCGUGAGCGUGCAAAGAAGAACGCAAACUUUAAGAAGUUUGCAGAGGCCGUCGAGGCCGUCGUCGAGACCAACAAGCCCGACCUCGACCUCCAGUUUGACGUCCCCUACCGCGACCUCGGCUUCCAUGGUGUGCCCGAGCGCUCGACCGUCUUCCUCCAGCCGACCGUCAACUGCCUGGUCCACCUCGUCGAGACGCCGUUUGUCGUCAUCACUAUUGACGACAUCGAGAUCGUCCACUUUGAGCGCGUCCGCUUCUCGCUCCGUAACUUUGACAUGGUCAUCGUGUGGAAGGACUACUCAAAGGCCCCGCUCCACAUCAACUCGAUCGAGUCCAAGUACCUCGACGCCAUCAAGGAGUGGCUCGACGGCAACAACGUCAAGUUCUACGAGGGCCAGGCCAACCUCAACUGGACUGCCGUCAUGAAGCACAUCACCGACGACGUCCCGGGCUUCUUCACCGACGGUGGCUGGUCCUUCCUCGAGGACGACGACGAGGAAGAGGAGGAGGUCAUCGCGGACUCGGACGAGUCCGAGUUUGAGCCCUCGGGCGACGACGACGACGACGACGACGAGUUUGAGUUUGAGUCGGGCGAGGGCACAGAGUCAUCUUACUCGGCCAUCUCAAACCCCGACGACGAGCUCUCCGAGGAGGGCCUCGACGACGAGGCUCUCGAGCGCGAGGCCCGCCGCGAGGACAUGAAGCGCUCCAGGCGCGAGCGCGACGAUGUCCUUGGCUCUUCCCGCCCCAGCAAGCGAUCGAAGCACCGCUAA